UCUUCUGGUUCGCUUGGAAGCUUCCUAAUAGCUCUGUGUUGGACGUUGAAGAAGAAAAUGGACUCCCUGUUUGCAAGAAACCCCCUGCAUCUCAAGGUUGAACUUGCUAAAUGUUUCUGGAAACAUGGGCAGGAUAAUAUAUGCUAUAAACUAAUCCAUAAAAGAAGAUGGAUCUAAGAUCACAAUUAGAGCAGCAGAGGCAGAGUCAACAACUUAACAAUCAUAUGGAUCAGUUCAAUCUUUUGAAUUGCUCUCUAUUUUUCCUACUGUUCUUCAUUUUUCUCAAGUUGUUUAGAGCAAAAAAAGUGAACUUACCUCCAUCACCACCGAAGCUACCAAUACUUGGAAACCUUCAUCAGCUGGGCAGGUAUCCCCAUCGAUCGCUGCAAGAACUCUCCAAAAAGUAUGGUCCUCUCAUGUUUCUGCGACUGGGAUUGAUUCCAACUCUUGUGGUUUCCUCAGCUGAUAUUGUCAGAGAGAUCUUUAAGAAUCAUGAUAUCAGUUUUUCUAACAGGCCCAAAUCAACCGCUGCCAAUUUGUUCUUCUAUGGAUACAAAGAUGUGGGGUUUUCUCCAUAUGGGGAAUACUGGAGAGGAUUAAAAAAGAUUUGCACUCUUGAACUUCUAAGUCAGAGAAGAGUGCAUGAAUUUCAGUAUGUGAGGGAAGAAGAAGUUGAAAUCCUGGUGAAUAAGGUACAUAAAGCAAGUUCUUCAGGUUUAUCUGUAAAUCUUAGUGAGUUGAUUACCUCAACCUCAAACAACAUAGUUUCAAGAUGCAUAUUUGGAGAGAAAUUUGAAGAUGAAAAUGGAAAGAGCAGAUUUGGUGAACUAACAAGAAGGAUGGCUAAAUUAGUUGUGGCUUUUAGCGUGGGAGAUUUUUACCCUGCUUUUGGAUGGAUUGACAAUAUCACAGGCUUAAUUGGGCAAUUGAAAGAAACAUCUCGAGCUCUAGAUACUUUUCUUGAACAAUUGAUUGAAGAGCACAAGACAAAGAAGAAUGGCGAUUUUCAAGGCGACAGAGAAGAUUUUGUGGAUAUUCUUCUUCAAGUUCAGCAGAAGGAUGAUCUUGGUUUCGAAUUCACUCAAGAAAGUUUAAAAUCAGUGUUAGAGGAUAUGUUCAUAGCUGGAACGGAUACGACGGCAUCAGUAUUGGAAUGGGCGAUUGCAGAGCUAGCAAGAAAUCCAACAAUAAUGAAGAAAGCACAACAAGAAAUCAGAGAAGUGGUGGGCAAAAAAUCAAAGAUAGAUAGCGAUGAUAUCGUUAAAAUGGAAUACCUUAAAAGUGUUAUCAAAGAAUCACUUAGGGUUCAUCCACCUGCUCCUCUGUUAUUACCUCGAGAAACAUCUGAAAUGGUGAAGCUGGGAGGAUACUGUAUUCCAUCAAAAACCAGAGUGUUCUUCAAUGUUUGGGCGAUUCAAAGGGACCCAAGAAUCUGGAAGAAUCCAGAGGAUUUCAUCCCGGAGCGAUUUGUGAACAACCCAGUUGAUUUCAAAGGACAAGAGUGCCAUUGCCUCCCAUUUGGUGGCGGGAGAAGAAGCUGUCCAGGGAUGAAUUUCGCUUUUGCAUCAAUCGAAUAUGUGUUGGCUAACCUUCUACACUCCUUUGAUUGGAAGCUGCCUGAUGACAGUAUGAUGGCUAAAGACUUGGACAUGAGUGAAGAUAUGGGGCUCGCUCUCAUCAAGAAGCAUCCCCUUGUUCUUAAGCCAGUAACAUGUUCAACUUAAUCUACAAUUUGUGUGAUGUUGCACGCUAAUCACUGUAAUCUGGUCUCUGAUUGUGUUUUAUUUUGUUAAUCCUGUUCCUUUGUAGGCUACCAGCUCAAGAUCACCGAACAAUCUCCUUUGUCACAAAAAUUAAUAACAAAUCAUCAUAGUAUGAUGAUACAUUUGAUUCUCAUAGAGCAUAUGAACUCGUGAUCCAAGCAACGA